CCUUGUGAUUUUUAUUAAAUAUAGAAAAAAUAACAAUAUUAUGUCAAUAAAAGUGAGCGAAUAGUGAUUUGUACGAAACAAAACUCUGAGCGCGUCUUUGGACUGUUUCUGCACAUGACGUAAUUGAUUUUCUUUCUUUUUUAACUGCAUUCUAAAAAAAAUGAUACCAGAAGAAGAAUAUGGUCAGCUAACCUCUCAACUAUCGGAUAAUGAGCAAGAAGAAGCAAUAGAAUUUAUUUCUUACGCAGAGAGCGAUGACGACGACGAAGAUCCUUAUUUUAUGCCAGAGCAUAAUAAGCGAACCAGUACUUGGACAUUUCAAAAAUUAACUUGUGCUCCUAUUCAAGUCGUUCGCUUUACGAUACCCGCAGUUUGCAUACUUACAAUAUUCAUAUAUACUAUUGUGAUUGCUGUAUUGACAGAGAAAAAGAAGAAUAGUUGAUACACGAGCACAGUGAUCAAGUUACUCUUUUGAUGAUAUAAUGUAAAUAAAAGAUCUUGUAAAUACAAUAUCAUUUCUCUUCUGAAAU